AACAAUUUUCCCGGGCAAACACACACUUUCGAGUUUAGUUUAAGUGAUACAUUUUCGUGAUAUAAAUAAUCAAUUUAUUCUAUUAUUACUAAUAAUGGGAUCCCGCAGCAAGACGGAGUACGAAGACUUCUCCAGUAAAUAUCGUGUGUCUUCUUUUGAUUACAACAAACAGUAUUCGCACUUUUAUGCUCAUCGUUUGAGAGAGAUGACAUCUCUCCUCCUAACUCGCGUGGAGGAACAGUGGGGCAACAGUCACUCCGUAAAAAAACUUUGCGUGUUACGGGAGGAACAAACCGAGCAAUGCAUAAUUAUCGGUACGAUUUACAAACAUCAAAACCACAAACCAAGCAUAUUACGCGAAAUUUCCGAAGAAAAUCAACUGGCUCCUCAGCCGCCUCGUAAAUAUUAUGCUGAUCUUGAAGAUAAAAUAAUUCUUGAAGAUGAACUUCAACGUGUUCGGCUAUGCGGUAAAGUGGAUGGUCGCUAUUUAGCAUCAGGGGUCGCGUGCGCUGUUUUGGGAUGUAUUGAGGAAGAUGGUCGUUUCGUUGUUGAAAGAAUUUUAUUUUAUGAAGCAGGUCCGCAGAAACCUUUGCGCAAUUAUUGUCAAGGCAGAAAACUAGUUCUUAUAUCGGGUAUAGACUACUCCCAAGUACAUAAUUAUGUCGAUUCUUUGAAUCUGUUCCAACACUGGUUAUGUGGCAAUGUAUCUGGGAAUUCAUGCACUGGAAUAACUCGUGUAAUUAUAGCGGGAAAUUCCGCACGGACGUCGUCAGAAGAACAUCAAACUACAUCUUUACAAGCUCGAAGCACAGAAAAUAGUGGAGCCGUAGCAGCACUGCGCACAUUAGACAGUUGGUUUGCUUGUUGGUCGAAAAGUGUAUUCAUCGAUUUAAUGCCAGGGGCACACGAUCCAGCCAACUUUAUGCUACCCCAACAGCCGUUCCACAAAUUUAUGUAUCCCGAAUCAUCUAAAAAUGCCUCUUUUCGCAGUGUUUCCAAUCCAUAUGCUUGUGCUUUAGACAGCAUUCAAAUAGUGGGAUGCUCGGGACAGAAUGUACACGAUCUUAUAAGAUGUACAAUGAUUGAGCAACCAUUGGAGGCACUACGAAGCACUCUAGUUUGGGGGCAUAUAGCUCCGACGGCGCCCGACACUCUUGCUUGCUAUCCAUAUGUUAAUAGUGAUCCGUUUAUUUUGUAUGAAUGUCCCCAUAUAUAUUUCGCAGGAAACUGCGACACAUUUCAAACGGACUUACAAAAAGGCCCCAAAGGACAAAUAACAAGAUUGAUUUGCAUUCCAAGCUUUUGCAAAACUCAAAGCAUUGCCGUAGUUAAUUUGGACUCGCUUGAUUGUAAGGAAAUUAAAUUUAAUAUAGAUUCUGAAUAAAAAAUAAUAAAAUAAAACACUUAUAUACAGCUUCAUACUCCA